AUGAUAGAUGAAGAUGUUCCUGAGGUUGUACCUGGUGAAAUAAGUAGUGGAAUGGCUUUUGGAAACAUGCAAGAUUACAAGGAUCAUUUAAGGGAAUAUGCAGUGUUGAAACAAAGGGAUUUUAAGGUGAAGAAGGCAGAUAAGAAGAGACACUUUUCUUAUUUUACUUACAAGGAUACCCAAAAUUGUGCUUGGAUGGUGAAUGCAAGAAAGUUACCAGAUGAAGACGAUCCAACAGUCACAGUUAGAGAAUGCAACACAGAACACACCUGUAAGAAUCCGAAUGAAGACUACAGCAGGAAAUGCAAUGCAAAAUUUGUAGCCAAGUAUUUGUUGAAGACAAUGGAUGUUGCUUCACCAGUGGACAAGGCAGCUGAUAUAGCUAACAAGAUCAUUAGACCUCGGUUGCAAACUGACAUACCAAAAUGGGUUGCUAAUAAUGCAAGGAAAUUGGUGCUAGCAGAAAGGAAUGAAACAUUUGAGAGUUCUUACACAAAAGCACCACAAUUGGUCACAGCUGCUACUUCAUUGAACCCAAAUAGCAUUGGUCAUUUCAGUUGGUCCAAAGAGGGUCAAGAUAACAGGUUUGAGAGUGUCAUUGUGGCCUAUGAUGCACAGAUCAAAGGUUUUCUUCAUGGUUGUAGAUUGGUUAUUGGCUUAGAUGGAGCUCACCUGAAUGGUAAGCUAGGUGGUGUGAUGCUUUCAGCAGUUGGUAUAGAUGGCCAGAAUGGGGUAUUUCCUAUAUGUGUGAUGAUUUGUAUGAGUGAAACUGAAGAAAAUUGGUUUAUGAUGUUAAAAGAAUUGAGAAAAAGGAUACCUGAUAUGCCUGGACUAACCUUUAUUUCUGAUAGAAUGAAGGGCAUUCUUGAAUCAGUAAAAAGAUUGUUUCCUUUGGCAAAUCAUAGAUACUGCCUAAGGUAG